UCAAAUUUUCACGUUUUUCUCACGAAUCUAUCUACCGGGGAUGGGUAUUGUGAUUCGUUUAAAUACAUGACCUGCCCUCUAUCGGUACUACUUAGAUAUAUUAUGUACAUUACGUAGUUUAAUUAGAGGUUGUCAUUCAUUGCCAGUAAAAGUUUGGUUAUGACUAAGGUACUUUUGUUUGUUAUUGGUUAAAUAAUUGGUAGUUAAAUACUUGUAAAAUGGCUUCGAGCAGCCAAAGUAUGCCGAUUUCUCAAAUAUUGAAAUCCAAAAGUGAUUUUGAAGAUGAACCCAAGAAAAAAUCCCGCGAGGAUUGGAGAAAAGCGAAGGAGUUGGAAGAGGCACGAAAAGCAGGUACUGCACCUGCUGCUGUGGAUGAAGAGGGUAAAGACAUCAAUCCACAUAUACCACAGUAUAUCUCUUCUGCUCCAUGGUACUAUGGUACCAGUGGACCAACACUCAAACAUCAGCGGCCACAAGCUGAGAAGAUCAAGGAGUUUUCUGACUUGAAUGAAUGGUACAGCAGAGGUGUAGAUAAUACUAAACGAGCAAUCAAAUAUAGACCAGGAGCAUGUGAGAAUUGUGGAGCCAUGACACACAAGAAGAAAGAUUGUUUUGAAAGGCCUAGGAACAUAGGUGCAAAAUUUUCAGGGAAAAAUAUAGCUGCUGAUGAGUUUGCACAGAAGCACUUAUCUUUGGACUAUGAUGGAAAAAGGGAUAGAUGGAGUGGUUAUGAUCCAAGUGAACACAAGUCUAUUAUUGAAGAAUUUCAGAAAGUUGAAGAGGCUAAACGCCAGUUGCGCGCUGAUAAAUUGAACGCAAAUGAGGAGGAGGAUGAUGAGGACAAAGAUGAAGAUAAAUAUGUCGAUGAGGUUGACAUGCCUGGUACAAAAGUAGACAGUAAACAGCGGAUCACUGUUAGGAAUUUGCGUAUUCGUGAAGAUACUGCUAAAUAUUUGCGAAACUUGGAUCCAAAUUCAGCGUAUUACGAUCCGAAAACAAGGUCUAUGCGUGAAAAUCCGAAGCCCAGUGUUGACGAUAACUACGCAGGAGAAAAUUUUGUAAGGUUUUCGGGUGAUACCACAAAACAUGCGACUGCUCAGUUAUUCGCAUGGGAAGCAUAUGAUAAGGGCGUUGAUGUGCAUUUGUUGGCUGAACCAACGAAAUUAGAAAUGCUUCAGAAGGAAUACGACAAAAAGAAAGAUCAAUUCAAGUCGCAAGUACACUCUGACAUUCUUGAAAGAUAUGGAGGCGAGGAACAUUUGCAAGUCCCUCCAAAAUCUUUACUUUUAGCUCAAACUGAAGAUUACGUUGAAUAUUCUCGUUCAGGGAAGAUUAUCAAAGGACAAGAGAAAGAGAUCAUCAAAUCCAAAUAUGAAGAAGAUGUGUAUAUCAAUAACCAUUCAAGUAUUUGGGGAUCUUUUUGGAAAGCUGGUCAUUGGGGAUACAAGUGUUGUCAUUCAUAUAUCAAAAACUCGUACUGUUUGGGUGAUGCCGGUAAAAACAAACCAGUAAAUGAACUUCCUCCUCCAACAAUUGACGCAAUGCCGGAAGAGGAGGAAGAAGUGAAACAAGUGGAGGAAACAAAGGCUGCUUCAAGUUCUAGUUCAUGCAGUGAGGAUGAAAGGACUAAAACUGAGAGGAAAUCAAAGAAGAAGAAGAACAAAAAGAAAAUGCGAAAGGAAAAGAAGAAGCAGGAGAAAGAAGAGGAUAAAUUAAAGAAGGCAUUGCAGAAGGAGGAUGAACAUCAUAAAGAUGUUGAAGAGUUAAUGAAAUUGGAUGAGAGAAAACGUCCUUACAACAGCAUGUUUGAAGUUAAGAAACCUAGCGAAGAAGAAGUUGAAGCAUAUUAUAUGAAAAGACGCAGAGACGAAGAUCCUAUGAACGAAUUUGUUUAAUAAAUAUUAAUUUGAAAUAGA